AUGAGAUGGUUGUUUCUUGAGAGUGGACAUAGCAAAGACAUUGCAGAUGGCCUUGGUUCCGUCAUCAAAAGAUUGUUUGAUAAUGUGAUUAGAUUAAACCCCGAUGAAUCAUUUAAAGGUGCCAAGAAAUUAAUGAAUAAGAUAAUAAAUUCUACAAAUAUUCGCCUGUAUUUCUACAAGAAAGAAGAUAGUGAUGCUUUACGAGAACGAAUACCACCAUUAACAACAAUUAAAGGAACAUCUAUGUUCCACGAAAUUAUUGCCAAACCAAAUGGAGAAGUAUUUAUCAAGCAAAAAUCUGUUGAACCAGAAAUUUUAUUAAAAACAAAUUUCUAG